AUGGAUGAGCCUGAAUGGUGUAAAGAUUUUCUUGAUCUUCAGCUUGGCUGCUCCAAUAUUUUUAAUGACAUUUCACUUGACUUAUUUGACAUGCCGAUUCCGUUGAAUCCUGACAAGUUUUAUGAGCCAAAAUCAAGGAAUGAAGUUAAAGUAGAAGUUCCCAAAAAAAAUCACUCUUGA